AUGGCUGCCUCAAGACUCCAGACUCUGCCAUUCAGAGGUAGAAAUAGGCGACUGAUCGCAGGUAUACGCUUCGCAUCUUCGACCACAUCAGCAUCCAAUCGCAACUGGAUCAUCCACCCCUCCGGCACCGAUGUAGCCAACGAUGAGGUCGCCCGGCUGGCCGCCAGUCCUCGUCGACCGUUAACCCUUGCGGAUUUGCUAAAACAUGGUCGACCGCCGCUAUCCAAGGAUGCGCUGUUAGCCUCGGCCAAUUUCACCCUGUCUCUGCUUCCGGCUCGACUGGCGUCCCGAAUCCAAGCAUUACGAAACCUCCCAUUCAUCGUUGUCUCUAACCCGCAUGUAUCCAAAAUCUAUGAUAACUACCUUCACUCAUUGUCGACCCUUCUCCCCUACCAACAGCGCCAGAUUACGACUCUCGAGGAGGAGCACCAAUUUGGAGAUGUGCUGGCAGAUCUCGUCCACACUCAUGCAAACACGAUUCCGACGCUUGCCCGUGGCUUUCUCGAGUGCCGAAAAUACGUGAGUCCGAUAGACGUAACGCGUUUCCUCGACACCCAUCUGCGAGCGCGUAUUGGCACCCGUCUGAUUGCAGAGCAACAUCUGGCCCUUCAUUUUGCCUCGCAGCCGAUCAACGAGGAUCCGACCGAGCAGACCCAUGCCUCGGCCAGAGACUCGAUCCCUUCCAACUACAUCGGAGUAAUUGAUACUGCUCUGCAGCCGGCCCGCAUCAUCCGGUUGUGUGAAGACUUUGUCGGGGAGAUUUGUGAGUUGAAGUACGGAGUGCGACCGCGUCUGGAGAUCGGCGGCCAGCCCGAGGCCGCUUUUGCCCAUGUCCCAGUGCAUGUGGAAUACAUCAUCACGGAGUUAUUGAAAAACGCCUUUCGGGCGACCAUCGAGUCUGGGAACGAGCGCGAGCCCAUUGAGGUGACGAUUGCCGCCGCCCCCGACGUGCCUGGGAACGAGCACCCGAUCCAGGAAGACGCCGACGUGGGGUUUCAGCUGAAUUCAGGCGAUGACACAGCAAACACGAAUGAAGCGAUCGGGUACUCGACCCCUUCUUCCCAGAGCAUCACAAUUCGCAUCCGCGAUCGAGGUGGUGGCAUUCCACCCGAGGUCUUGCCCCAUAUUUGGUCCUAUAGCUUCACCACCUUCUCGGAUAUGGACUUCCAGGGCUCGGAGAAUGGCAAUAUGGAUGCUCUCAACACUAUCUCUGCCAGCGGUGGCCACUUGAGUACCAUUGCAGGUCUUGGCUACGGGCUACCAUUGAGUCGAGCUUACGCAGAGUAUUUCGGUGGCAGCAUUGCGAUGCAGAGCCUCUGGGGAUGGGGCACAGACGUUUAUCUGACUCUGCAGGGAGUUGGAAAAAUUGAUUGA